AUGGCUGCCGCCAUCAUGGCAGGUCUGGUACUCAUCGCUGCCGUCGCCGCUCCGGCGCACGCCAAGGAUUACACGGUCGGCGACUCGUCCGGGUGGACCAGCGGCGUGGACUACACCACCUGGCCGAGCGGCAAAACCUUCGCUGUUGGGGACAACCUAGUGUUCCAGUACAGCAUGCUGCACACGGUGGCGGAGGUGAGCUCCGCGGACUACAGCGCGUGCUCGGCCAGCAACUCCAUCCAGUCCUACAGCGACCAGAACACCAAGAUCGCGCUCACGGCGCCCGGCACGCGCUACUUCAUCUGCGGCACCCCGGGCCACUGCGGCAACGGCAUGAAGCUCGCCGUCACGGUGGCCGCUGUGGCCGCCACCACCCCGCCGGCGUCGUCAUCCCCGCCCGCCACGCCGGCCGCGCCCGGCGCUGACACGCCUCCAGAGACGACCACGCCGUCCACGUCUACUACGCCCGCCGCGACGUCGCCGCCCGCCACGACCAAGUCCACCUCCAGCAGCUCUGCCGCUGCCUGCGGUGGGGAGGCCCGGCUCGCUAUGGGCGUGUUGGCCGGGGCCGCGGGGCUCGCUGGGCUCGCCCUGAUGGGCUAG